AUGACAGUCAAAGUCGAGGUAUUGGACGGUGAUACUAGCCCACCAGCGGCUGUAUCAUUCUUUGAUCCAUCUAUCAAGGAGGUUCGAGAGCGGGUGUUCUACCAAUGGGCGCGCACUUUGCUAAUUCUGUGCGUCUUCGUGUUCGGUGUGCUAUCUCUCUUCUGGGGAGCCCAAUACGGCACUGAGGCCAAGUACCCAGCGUUGAAGGUAUGGAUUGUCGAUUUCGACGGCCAAGUUGUUCCAUACAGCUCCAACGACACCAUAGUUGGUUCAACAGUUACGGAUGUUACCAAAAGAAUCCUACAGUCUGACGGCUUCCACCUCGGCUACACUAUUAAAUCCCCUGCCGACUUCAACUACGACCCUUUGGCCGUGCGUCAGGGUGUUUACGAUGAACACGCCUAUGCCGCUGUGAUAGUCAAGCCCAACGCAACAGCGCUGCUCCGAGAUGCAAUCUCUAAUGGCAAUGCGACCUACGAUCCGACCGGUGCCAUCGAGACAGUAAUUAUCUCCGCGCGCCAUGAAACAACAUAUUACACCUAUAUCCUACCCGACCUAGCCAACCUACAGGGAAUGGUGCUAGCAGAGUUUGGCCCGAAAUGGGUCCGAUCUCUCGUCUCAUCCGUCGGCAAUUUAUCAACCGUGCCCCCGCAGGCGAUCAACCCGGCCAUUGGGUUUACGACCGUCGACCUCCGUCCUUUUGGCCCGGCUGUCACUGCGCCUGCAGUGACCAUCGGUUUGAUCUAUUUGAUCAUUAUUGCGUUCUUUAACUUCCCCUUCAUGAUGCCUAUUCAUGACCAGUUCAUGAAAUCAAAUGGCCAUCCGCCACUAAAGGUGCCACAUUGGCUCAUUUGGCGAAUUCUCUCGAGCAUCGUGGCUUACUUCUUUCUUUCGCUGUUCUACUCACUCGUGUCUCUGGCUUUCAAGAUCCCAUUCAGCAAUGACUCUGCGUCGAAUGUUCUGUCCGCAAAGAAUCCCAAUGCCUAUGGCCGUGGCUCGUUUGUUGUGUUUUGGAUGCUGAACUGGGUUGGCAUGGCUGCUUUGGGAUUCCCCUGCGAGAACAUGGCUAUGGUCCUUGGGUUCCCAUGGAGUUCUUUGUUCCUCAUUUUUUGGGUUAUUACGAAUGUUGCGACAGGUUUCUAUGACCUUGACUUGGCCCCGAAGUUCUAUAGAUGGGGGAUGCAUGGCCCCUACAUCGAAGUAAGCGUUCCCCUCGUCAUGGCCGCGAUGCUCUGUUGCUGA